GCCUGAAGUGGGGUUCCCAUACUCGGACCGAGACCCCGGAUUGACCGAGAAUAAUAGUAAAUUGAGAUGAGUGAUAAUAAAGUGAAGUUAUUAGCCGGAACACCAUCGAAUUCCUCCACUUUGUAUCCCCAUGUCCUAUACUACCGUCGUAAGACAAGAAGGUUUUCAGCUUCCUUCUCCUCCACACACUGCUUCCUCACCGUCAGACACACCCACCUCACCACCUCCAACAUCCCCCACAAUCAAUAACAAUCUUUUCAUGCCACCAAAUCUAUCUUUCCUCCCUGACUCAUUUCGCAAAUUCCCAAGUGCUGCUCAAGCCCACUCUCAUCCAACACCAAGUGCAAUCGAAUUCACAGACGAUCUCGCAACUCUCAUCGACUCACACCCUCACCAUCCAUCACAUGAGCGUAGCACAUACGAUGCAGACCCAUACCGCCACAACAUUUUUGAUAUCAGCGCUCCUGCAACCCACUACCGACCUCCAUCAUCAACAGAUAUCUAUCCAAACAGCCAACAACAACACACCAACGAUCUCCCAGUACACACCCAUGCCCAUUUCAACAGCACCCUUCCUGCUUUAAACAGCAGCAUGCGUUACGAACCACACCCAGAUCCACCUUCACAUUUCACAUACCGCCACACCCCAUCCCCGCACAACCCCAACUCACGCAGUCGUAGCCGUUCACGCGCCCCAAGCCUCGGCCCCACCCGAACAUCGCGCCGCGAUCGCCGCGCCAAUAGCAUUAGCUCCCAUGUAUCAGGCACUUCCCCGCCCCCUCCCGCCAGACCUCAUGCUAUAGUUAUCCCAGGUCGUGGUGGUGGUUCGACAAUGGGUGGCUUCUUCGUUCCCGGUCAAGGCGAAUACUCGCUUCCCACACCCGACAGUCUCUCUCAUUCCUUUGGUGGCUUCCAGGGAUAUAAUGCGGCAACCGCUUCAUACGCUCCUCAAACCGGUUCAUAUGCUUCGCAAAAUAAUGUGGCUGUAAAUUAUGGUAGCUUUGGCCGUACCGGAACUCCCAGCAUGGGAAUCAGUCCGAGUGAAGUGUCUACUUUGGGCAUGCUUGGGAGCAGUACUACCCCUGCACCUACAACUGCCAAAGGAAAGCAUUCUGAUGGUGAUGGUCUAUCAGAAAAGAGACGAAGAAGGAGGGAGAGUCACAAUGCUGUCGAGAGAAGACGGAGAGACAACAUCAACGAAAGAAUUGGAGAACUAGCAGGGUUGAUUCCAGGGGUGCUGUUUGAAUGUGAUGCGCCACUUAUUCCUCCAACAUCACCUACCAUCCUCAGUGCUACUUCGCCAGGCGAAAAUAACGAUCUAUUCUCACUUCCCCUCCUCCCAGACGCAGCAAACUCUGACGAGGGUCUCCCUGAUGUCCCUGAAAAUGAGGUACCCAGCACUCCUGUUAAUGGGAGUGCUGUGAAAAAGGAUCCAAGCGAAGAUGGAGAUGAUGGCCGGGGUAACGCAAAUGGUGGCGUGAAUGGCGGUAUCCCCACCAAUGGGAUCACUACCGCAAACGGCUCUGAGCCGCAGAUGAUUAAGGCGAACAAGGGAAUGAUCUUGAGGAAGUCUGUGGAAUACAUCCGUUAUCUCCAACAGCUUGUAAGUGUACAAGCUUCACGCGGACGUGAUCUCGAAGAGCGCAACCGCGCCCUCGAGCGUGAACUGGCAGCAAUCCGAGGGACCCCCGCUUCCCUCCUCCCGAUCUGCCUCCAACUCGAACUCCGCAGAUUCAUCCAGACUUUCCCUCGCAUCCUCACAAACGUCCCUGCCACAGUCUUCAUGGGAAGCCGAGAGGAAGUGGGAGAUGGAUAUCGAGGAUCGGGGUGAGGAUGAGGAACGUGGUCGGGGACGUUUGCGUGCGCGGAAAGAGGACGCUAGUGGUGCAAAAAUCCGCGAGGGCGAUGUGGUUAGUGGGGAGGAGCGCGAUAUGGAGAUAUGACUUUGAUUCAUAUCUUCCGUUGCUUACGGAAAUUGGAAUUGGAAUUGGUUUCAGCUGGCGACAUCGCAGCCACCCCCUACAGAUCCGGAUUCGUCCGCUCUGGCACAUCCGCUUCAUCAUGCUCAUGCUCACGUCCUUCAUGCCUGCACGCUUUUCUUCCAUGUGUCUUUUCCUGCUCUUUCUCUCUCUUAUCACCAGCCUCCAUGCACACUGUAUCAUUCAUAGCCUUGCCUUGG